UUCUUAACAUCGAUACUCCCGCAUCACCCAGCACUCAUAUCCUCCAUUCAUCUCUUAUGCCCUCUUCCUCUCAUCCAUUGAGAAAUCACAUUGUUGAUCAUGAUGUGGGACAAACUUUCAAUAAGUUCGCACAAAUUCAUCAAGCUGUCAUCCAAUACACCCUUCGGUGAUGCAUCACGAAAGACGCUUCGCCACGAACAUGACACUCUCAGUGCUCUUUGAUUCUGGACCUCUAACAUUCCAUGAGCAGCGAAAAGUACGGUGUACUCAGCUUGAAAGAGCGCCUUUCCUUGGUUGCCUGCAUUCUUGAACUUCCCUUCACAGUCACUGCGCGGAUUAUCACCUCUAUCGGCGCUGCUCAUAACAAAUCCAAGUCGACGCGCCGUGUACUUGGAGAUGCAACGUUCAAGUUCCUCGGGGAUCGACUCAACUACCACCAGAUCCAGUUCGUCUUCGGCACAUCCGUCAACGUUUACGAGAGUUGGGCGAAAAGUAACAAACUUCCCAUCGCUGUCGAUGAUCUUGGGGAUACGGGUGGACAACUGUUCUGGAUCGGCUCGAAACAGCUCGACCGGGUGGUCCUAUACAUGCAUGGAGGAGGAUUUGUUGCCCCACUUCAAGACUAUAUGUUGGAUUUCUGGCGCUCUGUUCAGAAGACUGUAGAAGCACAGAAGGUAGAAGUAGGUUUUGCCGUUCUAGCGUAUAGUAUCAUCCCUGACGCUGGAUUCCCUCAGCAGCUGCGACAGGCUGUUGAAGCCGUCCAUCACCUUGUUCGCGCCGGAGUUCCCAUGCAGAACAUCCAGAUCGUUGGCGACUCCGCUGGCGCGAACCUCGUCAUGCAACUCUACUCCCACAUUCUCCAUCCUCACCCCGAUGUUCCUCCCUUGUCCGUUACCACCAAAUUCUCCAGCAUGUGCCUCAUUUCGCCUUGGAUCUCCAUGCUAGGCGAGGGUGCUUCAUCCUUUGAAUCUGCGAAGAGCGUCAACGACGUUAUGAACCCCAAGACCUCCCGUGCAUGGGGAGCUCGUGUUCUCCAAGAUGUACCCGACGCCUAUCGCCCAUACGUCGACGCUGUGAACGCGCCGAGUGGUUGGUUCAAAGGUAUGGAUGGUAUUGUGGAUCGUAUCCUCGUUAUCGUUGGAGACGCAGAGUGCCCAUACAACUCUACGGUAGUGUUCGAGAAAGACCAUCUUUCGAAGCAUCAUCCCAGCGUGACGCUGUUCACUCAGGGAGAUGGUGUUCACGAUGAUCCUUUCAUGGAGUUCUUCGCCAGAUCGUCUAAGCAUGGUGAAGCAGCCAAGCUGAUCUGCGAGUGGGUUGCGAGUGGAUGAAGGCUUGUAUAAUCAUCGACUCAUUCGUCGAUUUUCAUAUUUAUCGCUCUGGUCAUCUUCCUUAUAUCCUCUUGCUCAAUCCCAGUUAUAGUUGCGGAAAUCAUUGUAUAAUCGAUCUCUUAGUACUGUCGGUACUUUGAAAUCACUUCAAACAUUUUAGUCCUCG